UAUAUUAGUAUAUGUUAAGGUUUUUGUAAGCAAAUUUCUUUUACAGAUAUUUUACUUCCCCCAUUACUCCACAUUUUUUAUACUUUUUUAAAAUUAUUAUUCAGGUCAAUCUCUACAUGAUGCAAGUGUUUUUAUGGCAUUUGUGAUUUAUAGCUAUCCUGUCCAGGUUGCAUUUACCAACAUUAAGUUCCGUGACCUAUUUUAUAUUAUGCUAUUUAAUGAUUGGUUGUACUAUUUUUUUCAUAUUAUUUUUUCUGGGUAGGGGUCUUAUCUCUUUACAUUUAUUUUUUAUUUUAUAUAAAUUCACAAACGAAACAUUUUUUUUAAUAAACCAUCUAAAUUAGAAAUCUGCAGAGCUUUUUCGAUUAUAAAUAUAUUUCAUACCCACGUUGUACUUUUCCAUUUUGAACUCAGAGGGCCGCUGUUGAAUAACGUGUCGCUGUGGCAGACAUGGUUUUGCAGUUGAUCCUCCCAAGUCAUCUCCGCAUUUUAAGGAAACAAAGAAGAGGGAGCUCCUGUUUCACAGAAAUGCUCGAUGCUGGACAGUGACGCGUUGUCCCUCUUCAAUCCUCUGGAAUAUAAAAGAAUAAUUCAUCUUUUUUGACGAAGGACUUAUUUGAUUCAUCGCUGUGAUCUCACGACCGCUUUGUUUUCGACUGCGUCAGGCGGACGUAACAAUGGAGCGGCAAGUACUGUUUUACAUCAUGGUCUGUUCUCUGUAUGCAGCCUCUGGUCAAGUGAGCUACUCUAUUCCCGAGGAAAUGGCAAAGGGCUCGGUGGUUGGAAACAUAGCGCGGGAUUUGGGUUUAGAUGUGAAAAGAUUAAAAUCAGGCAAAGCCCGUUUAUUUACGAGCGACAGUGCAGAAUUCAUCGACCUAAGCAGAGAAAGAGGAGUCCUCCUCGUCAGGGAGAGAAUCGACAGGGAGGCUCUCUGCAGACAGACUACGCCUUGCGCGCUACAUUUGCAGAUUAUACUGGAAAAUCCGAUGGAGCUUUUCCGAAUCACGAUCGAGAUCACUGACAUUAACGACAACAGUCCGAGUUUUAAAAAUGACGAGAGACGUUUUGAAAUCAGCGAGUCUGCUGUGACGGGAUCGAAAUUUGUGUUAGAGAGAGCGGUUGAUUUGGAUAUUGGCAUAAAUGGUUUGAAAAAUUACAGCCUGAAACCCACGGACAAUUUUAUUCUGAAAACGGAAAGUCAGGCAGAUGGAAGUAAGAAGGUUGAGAUGGUUUUGCAUAAGCCCCUAGACCGAGAGAAAGAGGAGCACAUUUCAUUGCUGCUGAAAGCGGUGGACGGAGGAGAUCCUCCGAUGUCUGGAACGAUGAAAAUACAUGUAACUGUGCUUGAUGCAAACGACAACGCUCCCGUUUUUUCACAGUCAGUUUACAGGGCAGCAAUAGCUGAGAAUUCUGGUAAAGGAACAACUCUAACAACAGUGAGCGCUUCUGAUGCAGAUAAAGGGACAAAUAGUAAAAUUACUUACGCUGUAUCCACUACUAUGGACAGUAUUUCUGAAAUCUUUACAAUAAAUGAAAAAGGUGAAGUAAUUUUAGUGGGUUCCAUUGAUUAUGAAAAAUCAAAAACCUAUCAGAUUGAUGUCGAGGCAAACGACAGUGGUGGUCUCUCUGACUCUAGUAAGAUUAUAGUCGAUAUUAUUGACAUAAAUGAUAAUCAUCCAUUAAUAAAUAUUAUGUCCAAAUCAGAUUCAAUUCCUGAAAACUCUCAGCAGAAUAGUAUUAUAGUCAUGUUCAAUGCAGUUGACCCGGACUCAGGUAGCAAUGGUAAAGUGAAAUGCAGUUUGAGUGAAAACAUCCCUUUUACAAUAACUACUUCACAUGAGUUUUAUAGCAUAGUGACAGACAGUGAGUUAGACAGAGAGACAGCGUCAGAGUAUAACAUCACUGUGACCUGCUCUGAUGAAGGAGUCCCCUCCCUCUCCAGCAGCGUCACUCUCACCUUACAGAUCUCUGAUGUGAAUGACAACGCACCUGUCUUUGAGAGGAGCUCAUAUGAGGCCUACAUUGUAGAAAACAACACACCAGGUGUGUCUAUAUUCACAGUGAAAGCCACAGACGCUGACUGGAAGCAGAAUGCGCGUGUUUCUUACAUCCUGGAGGACUCCUCUGUGAACGGAGUGCCAGUCUCCUCAUAUGUGUCCGUCAGUGCUGACAGUGGAGUCAUCCACGCAGUGCGCUCUUUUGACUACGAGCAGAUCAAAGACUUCCGCUUCUGUGUCAAAGCUCAGGAUGGAGGUUCUCCUCCACUCAGCAGCAACGUGAGCGUGAACAUCCAGAUCCAGGACCAGAACGAUAACCCGCCUCAGGUUCUGUACCCGGUCCAGACUGCUGGCUCUGUGGUGGCUGAAAUGGUGCCUCGUUCAGCUGAUGUGGGCUACCUGGUGACUAAAGUGGUGGCUGUUGAUGUGGACUCUGGACAGAAUGCCUGGCUCUCCUAUAAACUGCAGAAAGCCACAGACAGGGCGCUGUUUGAAGUGGGCUCCCAGAAUGGAGAGAUCCGAACUGUCCGCCAAGUGACGGAGAAAGAUUUGCUCAAACAAAGACUGACUGUGAUCGUGGAGGACAACGGGCAGCCCUCUCGUUCAGCUACAGUCAUUGUUAACGUGGCGGUGGCGGACAGCUUCCCUGAAGUGCUGUCGGAGUUCAGCGACUUUCCACACGACAAGGACUACAAUGACAACCUGACUUUUUACUUAGUGCUGGCUCUGGCUGUGGUUUCUUUCCUCUUCAUCACGUGUUUAGUGGUCAUCAUCUCCGUCAAAAUCUACCGAUGGAGACAGUCUCGCGUCCUGUAUCACUCCAGCCUCCCUGUCAUUCCAUAUUAUCCUCCACGGUACUCAGACACUUUGGGCACAGGGACUCUGCCACACACGUACAAUUACGAGGUGUGCAGGACCACUGACUCCAGAAAGAGUGACUGUAAGUUUGGCAGAGCUGGGAGUCAGAACGUGCUGAUAAUGGACCCCAGUUCUACAGGAACCAUGCAGCGGAUGCAGAGUGAGAAGAGCAUCCUGGAUGAACCAGACUCUCCUCUAGAGGUCAGUUGUUUUUCCAUUGAUAUUGGUGAUUAAACUAUUUCAUUUUUCAUUGAAACGGAAGCCUUGUUAUUCAGCACCUUGGAGAGUGACUUGUAAAAGUCUGAAUCAACCAGACUCUUCUCUAGAGCUAUAGAGGUUCAUUGUCAUAUAUUUUGAAACAUGUUUUCUUUUUGACCAUAUUUAUUUUGUUACUGGUAGUUGUGCUGUGGAA